AUGGGGUCGAGCGAGGACGUCGAAAGCGUCGCCCGUGCGUUAGCGCGCGCGUGGCCGGAGGAACCGACGGCGACGCGAGCGACUUCGACGCCGUUGCGCGCGUUGGGGGAAAAUGCGACGCGCGUGUUGAAGCACUGCGAGGCACACUUUCGAGACGGCGUCGCGCUCGAUGCGGUGCGACGGGUGCGAACGAUCGCGCGCGAGGCCAUGAGAGAGGUACGCGUAAAGGUGUGGGACGCUCGGAGCUCGAGAGCGCGAGGGAUGGGGGCGACGGGGUUCGCGGAUGCGAUUCGCGCCCGCGUCCCGGAGAGCGGGACGCGGGUGGAGGACGAAGUCGGCGCGCUGAGUGGAGACGUCGGACUCGUGGUGUGCGAGUGCGAUCGCGAUGGUGAGAUUUCGCGAGACGUCGUGGAUGACGUGCGAUUGGCGGCGUGCGAGUCGAGUGCGAUUGUGAUCGCGGUGGAGCGGUGCGCGUUCGGGCGAGCGGAGGCGACGCGAGCGAGCGUCGCGCGGGAGACGAACGUUCCGGUGGAGAACGUGUUCGUGACGUACGGUGCGCUGCGUGGGAACUCACGGGGGAUCGAUGACGUUUUAGAGCGUCCGCCGUUGCGAUCGGAGGCGCGCGAACGGGAGGUUGAGGAAGAGGUUGGGACGCCGAGGUCGGCUUUUGCUCUGGACGACGAAGACGAAGACGAGGGCGGCACGCGCGUUCACGCGUCGAGAGAGGAGAGAAUCGAGCGCGAGGAGUGGGAAAAAAUGGUUCGUGAGGACUCGGACAGAUGUGAAAGCGCCGUACUCGAGAUGGCUGUCGGGAAACUGCGCGAAGUGUGCCUUCGCCGAGCGGAAAAGUUAGCACUCGAGUAUGAGCCGCUGCGAAGUUCAUUAUACGCACAGAUACGGGGCGAGCGGGCGAUAAAUCCGAACGGUGCAAGUGACCAACCGGCGCAACCGCACUCGUCGUCGCCGUCGUCGCCGCCGACGAUUCGCGCCGAGCCUUACGUUGAGACGAAGAGGCGAAUGAGCUCGUCGCAACAGCAUCAGCCCGUCCCAGGAAUCGAUAUGAUCAAGCUUCAAACGCUGGCGAUCAACGGCGCAGAGAAAGGCGCUCAAGUGGCCUCACAAGUGAGCGAAAAGGUCGGCUCAUUCUUAAACUGGAUGGUUUCCGAAGAGAGCGAGGCUGAGCGUACAAAGCGAGUGGAGCAAGAACGCAUUUGGCAAGAGAGACGAAAGGCGAUGUGGGAGGCUCAGCGCGCUGAGCGCGAGCAGCAAAAACAGCGAACGCCGAAUAGCACGCCCGAUUUACAGCGCUCACCGUCGAAAUCAUUCGUGGAGGGCACGGCGAACCUCGUGAACAAGACUGCAAGAUUCGUCGAUCUCAUCGACGGUUCACUAGGAGGCGACGACGACGCGUAUCGCACGCCGCGAUCUUCGCAUUCUAGCUCGGCAAAUGCGCUCGAGGCACAGUUGAGUCGAGCAAAUGCACGCAUUCGCGCCCUGGAGGAUGCGCUCGCACGCCACGAGCCUUUGCACAAACUCUUGACGCAUUCGUCUUCGCAGGAAGCUCUUUACUGA